AUGAGUAGCUAUUCACCAGGCAUACCCUCCUCGUUCGACCCUGCCCUGCUCCACUCCGAACUCGAAUUAAUCCACGACGCACACGCUAUUCCCUCCCAUUCAGACGAACUUGACGCAUUGCAGCAGUGCAUCGUCGAAGACACGGCCAAGAAGAACAGCGCGGGAAUCGUCAUACAGCACCGCGCUUGGAAAACUGCAGACGUAUUUCGAAGUGAAGGCGAGGGCGUGAUUGAAACACCCGCAAAACGACGCAAGCACUCGCUAGCCAAGCGCUGCUUUGCUGACUGCUCAACUGCGACUGAAGAGCUACCCUUGCCUUCGUCACCCCCACUUUACAACAUGCCGCCCACCUCGUCCCCCAUUGCAUAUCCACCUAGCUCGUCAAUGCCGCAGCCACCGUCACCAAAGAAGAGAAAGCGCUUCGAAGAUUCCCGGGAGGAUGUACCAAACAACAAUGCGACCCGCAAGAUUGGUGGGUUUCUGGACGACUCGGACGAUGAGGAGGAUAUUGCAGCACUGAAGGAACACACGAUGAAGAGGAGGGCCGUGAGCAGUAUUAGAGACCUACCCGCAGUUCCAGAGGGCUUGACCCAUUGCACACCACCUGCGAGUCAAGAUGAGCCAGCAGAUCCAGAGUCAAUACCAGUCGAGGAGCUCGACAACUACAGCUUCAAGUCACAGUCGCAAUCACCCGUUAAACGGCCGUACGCGUCACUGGAACCGGGUUCAGCACACCCUAUGCGUGGCAUCGUGGCUCGCAAUGCCGCUGGGAAAGCAAUAUACAUACCGAAGAAGGCGAGACGCGAAAUCCAGUCAUACGAAGAAGUCAUUGCCGCACGCUCCGAACCUGUCCAAGGCAAGGCGAGGACGAGUUACUACGGACUCAACAUUCACCAGCUGAUGGAUGAGGCCAAAGCGCUUGAUCAAGAGAAGGCGCUGACCAACUCAAUGCAGAACCUGGAAUUACCACAGCAAUCUGUCGAACACCCGGUCAGCAAAAGCGGAAAGAGCAAUCGUACGCUCAUGUGGACCGAGAAGUACAGAGCGAAGAAGUUCACAGAUCUGGUCGGAGACGAACGAACACACCGAUCGGUGCUGCGCUGGCUAAAGGCAUGGGAUCCUAUUGUAUUUCCCGGAUCUACAAAGGCAAAAUCGAAAAAAGCCAAAAAUGGAUUUGAGGAGGAUGAACAAAGACAUCGCAAAGUUUUGCUCUUGACUGGACCCCCUGGACUGGGAAAGACUACCCUCGCUCACGUCUGUGCGCGACAAGCUGGCUAUGAGGUCCAAGAGAUUAACGCUUCCGACGAGCGCAGUGGAAACGUUGUCAAAGGCCGUAUUCGCGACAUGGUAGGAACUGAGAAUGUGCGCGGUAUCAACACCAGCACAGCAAAUGGAAAAGUCCGUAAGGCUGGCAAGCCUGUAUGCGUUGUGGUCGACGAAGUAGACGGUGUAGUGGGCAGUGGCGGCUCCGGUGAAGGUGGUUUUAUAAAAGCGCUCAUCGACCUCAUCAACCUGGACGAGAAGAAUACCAAGGCGCUUGGACAGCAGCAGUCAACGACCAGCACUAAGAAGAAGGGGGACAAAUUCCGUCUAUUACGCCCACUCAUACUCAUCUGCAACGAUCUCUAUCACCCUUCGCUACGGCCGUUGCGACAGUCUUCGAUGGCGGAGAUUGUGCACAUCCGCAAACCUGGUCUCAACAUGGUAGUUUCGCGCAUGCAGGAUAUCUUCACGAAAGAAGGCAUCCAAUGUGACUCGGACGGCGUCCGUCGCUUGUGCGAAGCUACAUGGGGUGUGAGCACAAAGAAAGAAGGUGGAACUGGAAGUGGCACAGGCGAGGGAGACAUUCGUGGUAUUAUGGUGGUCAGCGAGUGGAUCGCAGGGCGACUGCGAGCUGCACAUGGCUACAAGUCGAAAGAUCUGCCACAUCUGUCACGGAAGUGGAUAGAAGACAAUCUUGUCAAUGACUUGAAACAUGGUGGAGGGGCCACUCGCAGUUUGGGUAGAGGCGGUGCAAAAGACGUAGUCGACCGUGUCUUCCGUGAAGGUGCUGGUUUCCCUAAGCAAGCUGAAACGACUGACCCGGCCACGGCAGCUGCAAGAGCAAAAAGUGGCGUUAUUGGUGUUGCAGAGGCGGGGAAGCGACGUGCUAUGGAUCGGCUGAGGGAGAUGGUCGACACGAGUGGUGACUGCGACCGCAUUGUGACUGACUGCUUCACUGUGUAUCCCGAGAAGCCCUUCCAAGAUGACACCUUCCUCAGCAAACCCAACGCAGCUUAUGAAUGGUUGCAUUUCCACGAUACACUCAGCUCUGCCGUCCAUGGCUCACAAGAAUGGGAGCUAGCACCUUACCUUUCCAACUCCGUCCUAGCGUUCCAUAGCCUGUUUGCCUCGCCCAUUCGCUCAUCUGCCAACCCUGUUGCGGAUCCCGACGCGCAGCCAACUCCCUUCUCAGGCCCUGGCGCCAGUUUUGCAGCAGCUGAACAGACCAAGGCCAGCAAAGCCCAGUUGAUGGCGCUACAGACGACUCUGAGCUUGCCACUGACUCGUAUGUUCCGGAGCCCAGAAGAAAUGGCAAUGGAACUGAUACCAUAUGUCCUGCGCAUGUUGUCGCCUGACGUGAAACCUGUGCUCGUCAAUACUGGCCCCGCAGGAUCAAAAUCAGUGGCCACGGCCUCAGUACGCAAAGCAUCAGAAAAAGAGCUAGUGAAGAAGGCUGUCGAGGCCAUGGCCGCCACAGGUGUACGCUUUGAAAAGUCACGCAUUGAAACAGAGGAGGUCACACAUCGAAGUGCGGGCUUCAUUUGGCGAAUGGAGCCCGCUCUUGAUGCUCUAGCCACCUUUGAGACGCUAGCCGGCAAGAAAGACGACAAAGUACGCUAUGCAGUCCGCAGCGUGCUCGAACAAGAAUGGCGAAAGGACUCUGCUCUUCGUGAGCAGGCCAAUCGCAAGCGCCGUGGCGGUCAAGAUGAGCUUGAUGACGACACCGAGGCUGCGAAGAAGGAGGAGAUGUCCACAGAGGACAAAAUCGCAGCAGUCAACAAAAAGGCCGUCAAGCGGGACUUUUUUGGGCGAAUUAUUCAAGAGACGGACACAAGCCGGAAGGAGGGCAAGAGGAAACAUGAUUUCGGGGAUAUGCGGGGAGACGUGGGCAGGAUAUGGGUAUCGUUCCAUGAAGGUUUCUCGAAUGCUGUCAGGAAACCCGUCACCAUCGAUGAUAUCAUGCGGGGUCUCUAG